GCUAAGAGGGCUUGAGUGAAAAGGGGCGUGGCGACCACCGCGGAUCAAGGCUUCGUAUUUGCCGCUAAGCUGAUUAUUCAAAUGAGCAGGGCGUGGCCUGCUGCUCCGGACCACCGACUCAUUGUGUCGGCCGCAUCCCGCAAGGACGCUCCGUCUCGCGGCCUGUCACACGGUCCUGGCUGACGUCAAUCAUCGCGUCUGUACGGUGAUCAAUGUCUGUUUAUUCUCCCAGUUCGAUGUUGGAAUAAGGCUCAAUGGCGCCGUGGAACGUCUCCGCGGCUGCAUGAGGACGCGUGGAGCAACUUGACGACUGUCAGCGCGUCUUCAUGUUGCCCGCCAGACUGGGACGGUUGCCUGGUUACCAAUGACAGGUCGAUUAUCAUCUCCUCAGCGGGAGUCUGGCAGUUUCUCCAAGUCCUCAUGGAUGUCAUGGCGAUGACCUACUGACCCUUCAGGCCUCUGCAUCAUGGCUUGUCAUAAUUGGCGGUCACUGUGGCACCCGCUGCUGUUGAUGCUGCUGCAGGUGUGUUGGGCGACCACGGCCUUCCCUAAUGACCAGGAGCCGGCCCGAGUCGUCGGCCUGGAGUACACGUAUAAGUACCCGGGGUUCCAGGGUUUACUCCAUGACAACGACACACAAAGGCUUGGGCUGAACUUCCAGACGAUGAUUCGAGUCAACAGAGUUCUCUACAUUGCCGCCAGGGAUCGAGUGUUUGCGAUGAAUCUGACGACGGCUGCCGAUGACCUGGCUCCUCACCUGAUGUUGACAUGGCGGUCCGAGGAUGUGGGCAAGUGCACGGUUCGCGGGAAGAACAGCGAUGAAUGCUACAACUUCAUCAAGGUCCUUGUUCCACGCGAUGAUGAGACACUUUUCGCUUGCGGUACCAACGCGUUCAACCCUGCCUGUCGAAACUACAAGAUGUCGAGUCUGGAGCAGGUGGGGGACGACCUCCUGGGUCAGGCUCGCUGCCCGUUCGAGUCAGUCCAGUCCAAUGUGGCUCUGUUCGCCGGAGGAGACUUCUACUCUGCAACGCUCAGCGACUUCCUCGCCAGCGACGCAGUCAUCUACAGAAGCCUGGGGGAGGACAGGCCGGUGCUCCGGACGGUCAAGUAUGACUCCAAGUGGCUUCGCGAACCGCACUUCCUGCAUGCUGUUGACUAUGGGAACUACGUCUACUUCUUUCUGCGUGAGAUUGCGGUGGAAUACACAGCCUUGGGGAAGGUGGUGUUUUCUCGAGUGGCCCGUGUUUGUAAGAACGAUAACGGUGGCUCCCCGAGAGUGUUGGAGAGGUACUGGACGUCCUUCCUCAAGGCACGAUUGAACUGCUCCAUUGCUGGAGAGUCCUUCUUCUACUUCGACGUUCUGCAGUCAGUCACCAGUGUGCUGCAGCUGAACCAGCGUCCGGCGGUGGUCGGCGUUUUCACCACUCAGGCCAACAGCAUUCCCGGUUCUGCUGUCUGUGCGUUCUACAUGGAUGACAUUCAGGAAGUCUUCAACCGGAAGUUCAAGGAGCAGCGUAGCGCUGAGGCCACCUGGACCCCAGUACCGGAGGAGCAGGUCCCAGAACCCAGACCUGGGAUCUGCGCGGGAGACGGCGCCGCCGCCGAUUAUGAGUCAUCGGUCCGAUUUCCUGAUGAGAUGUUGGCCUUUAUAAAGUCCCACCCUCUAAUGGAUGAAGCGGUUCCAUCGGUCAAUGAGCAGCCAUGUUUCACCAGAACCACCAGCAGGUCCACUCUGACCCGGAUUGCAGUGGAUGUCUCGGCGGGGCCGUUUAAGAACCACACCGUCAUGUUUCUGGGCUCCAACGAUGGACGAGUGCUGAAAGUUCUCUUCCGCACGCUGCCAAGCGGCUCCACCUCGGACCUCCUGGAGGAGAUCCACGUGUACAACCCUGCCAAAUGUGACAUCUGGGGGCAGGAGGACCGCAGAGUUCUGGCCCUGGAGUUGGACAAGGAACAUCACGCUUUGUUUGUGGCCUUCAGCAGCUGCGUUAUCCGAGUGCCGCUGAGCCGCUGUGCUCAAUACUGUCGCAGGUUGUGUCUCACCUCUCGGGACCCAUACUGCAUCUGGCUGCCUAAAACAGGCAGCUGUGCCAGCUCCAACAACAUGGCACUCAAGUCAGACUUUGAACAGCAGGUUGACGGCGACUCCUUUCAUGGCGCUGACACUUGCAAUGCGGAAAUCAUGGCAACUGCACGCAACCAGGAAUCUCCUGCGGACUCCGCUUACGGAGUGGGAGGCCCCCUGGAGGGGCAGCAGGAAUCAGGGGCCCACGUCCACUACACGUUGCUCCUGGCGUGCGUCUUUGCGGCGUUUCUCUUCGGCGCCGUGCUCUCGGCUUUCAUGGUGUCCUGUUACUGUAACCGCGGCUCAGGCCACCAGAGGGCGCGGGGACUGGGAAAAGACCCGGAGACGUCCCUGUCGCUGCGGUCGCUGGCGAAGCUCAGCGGGCUCCUGGACGGACACUCAAAGGAGGUGAAACUGUCGACGCAGCAGAUGUACAGUUCCUUUGUACCUGGUGGGGUGGCGGAGUCCCAUGUGCCGUCGCCGCGACACCUCGGCGACCCCACCCUCAGUCUAUCGCAGUCGCUCUCUCAGACAGACGGCGAGCUGUCUGGUCUGCCGACGCCGGACUCCACUCCGGAGCGCCCUCUAAAGGUCCUGAGGCAGCAGGACAGCAAGCCAGUGCCCAGCUUCAUGGCGGUUCUUGGAAACUCCAUGACCCAGCAGGUGUUCCCGUUCCCCCAUCACCACGGCAACACAGGAGGAAGCGGCGUGUCCCAGUCGGUGGUGGACGUUUCUGCGCUGGAUGAGCUGCUCAAGCACAUCCACGAGGUCAGCGCGUCCGGAACCGGGGGCAUCAAAGUGCUGACCUCCAGCUCCUCCUCGUCCCUCAUCCCCGGGCCCUCGCUGCCCGGCCCCCACUGCAACACGCGCACGCAUCACUACAACCAGCAGCAGGUCCCAGAAUUGUACUACAGCACUUCAGCGGCGCCUCAAAACGCUCCUCCAUCUACCUCAACUCCACUCCAGCAGAUCCCCGAGAGAGCCCUGUCUCGACAUCACUCCCAGCGCCACCCGCUCAUCAAGAUGGGCGGCAGAGGGGUGCCGCGUCAUCACAGCUUCCACCAGGGCGGCGCCAGCUUCCUGGCCAGGAUGAACACAAACAGCAGCAGCAACGGACCCAACAAGCGCCUGCUGACUGCCAGCACCUGCCUGACGCGGCAGCACAGCUACAGCGAAGGGCCGGCGAGCCAGCGAGCGCCCGCCGUCCGCAGGACAGCCUCGAUGAAGCCGCAGAUGACGACGAAACCCUUGCUACUGCCAAACACGGCGCCGCUCACGCCAGCCAAAGACUACUGAGGCCACGUCCAUCCGCAAGAUGAACUGAAACGGACGUGAAAAGAGAAACGAAAUGAACGUUGAGCUCAAUACUCAAACAAUUCAUUUAUCCAGAAUGUGUGUGUGUGACUAUAACAAUGUGGGAAACUCGGGACAUCAUGGCAACUCUGACACUUUACCGAGAAACAUUCCGACAGCAGCGAAUGCCGAGUCACAACAGUCUGUCGUCCAGCUUAACUCGAGAUUUCAGUGAUGUCACACCGGCGAGGGAAGGGAGGGAAGGGGGGGCUGUUUGUACCGAGGUGAUUGUGUU